AUGGCCACGUUACCCCAGGUUCCGAGAGCCGCGCUAACGCGGGUUGCCGUUCGAUACCUGGGCGCGCCGCGCAAACUCAUGAUGCUCGCCGCCGGUCGUGUUCUCGUGCGGAGAAGCGUCCUCCGUGGGGCGGCGCAGCGGCGAUGUCUGGCAACCGAGGGAUUGAGCAUACGCACAGGUCCAAGCGAGGGCGGAUUACCCACCGCCCGCUCUCACAGGCUUGGCUCCAGCGCCUCAUCGCGAUGCCCUCACCAGGUCUCUCUACUCGCUAACACGCGCGCACAGCCCCCGUUAUAUAAAGGCACCAUCCCGGAGCACUUUGCCGCCACCGUCUCCGCCCACGGCGACCGGCCCGCCAUCAUCGCCCGCUCGCCCACGCCGUCGGCUUCGCACGAGACGGCCCUGUCCUACUACGAGCUCGACCUGCUCUCCAACCGUCUCGCGUCGUCCCUGCGCUCCCUGGGCGUGUCCAAAGGCGACCGCGUCGCCGUCUCCCUCGGCAACAACGCCGAGUUCGCCGCCCUCACCUACGCCCUCUUCAAGCUCGGCGCCGUGCUCGUCCCGCUCAACCCGAGCUUCAACGCCGGGCAGGUCGUCGCCGCGCUGCGCCACCUCGCCGUCGGCGUCCUCGUCAUCGGCGCCGUCACCGACACCGCGUACCGGCCCGGCCGCGGCCGCAGCAACGAGGCCCUGCUCACGCAGCUCGCCGGCGGGGACCUGCGCGGCGGCGCGCUCGCCUGCCCGGACGUGCCCAGCCUGCAGAAAGUGCUCGUCGUCGACAACCGCGCCAGCCACCCGGCCGUCCGGUUUGACCUCGACGCGUGCCGGCGGGUGCUGACCCCGUACCGGCACCUUCUCGAUGGCGCGGACCGGCCCGUCACGCCGUCGGCGCCGCUCGCCCCCGACGACACCAUCAACAUCCAGUUCACGUCGGGCACCACCUCGACACCCAAGGCCGCGCAGCUCACGCACGCCGGCAUCCUCAACAACGGCCUGCUCAUUGCGCACCGCAUGGGCCUCGACGCCGGCGACCGCGUCGUCGUGCCGCCCCCGCUCUUCCACUGCUUCGGCUCCGUGCUCGGCUACAUGGCGACCGCCACGACCGGCGCCGCCCUGCUCUUCCCCAGCCCGGCGUUCGACCCCGUCGCGACGCUGCGCAUGUGCGUCGACCACGACGCCACCGGCCUCUACGGCGUCAGCACCAUGCUCGUCGCCGUGCUCGAGGCGCUCGAGGCCGGCCAGUUUGUCGACGGCCCGCCGCGGCACCUCCGCAAGGGCAUCGUCGCCGGCAGCUCCGCGCCCGAGUCGCUCAUGCGCACCAUCUACGACCGCCUCGGCCUGCAGGACCUCGUUAUUUGCUACGGCAUGACCGAGACCUCCCCCGUCAGCUGCAUGACGCGCCCGUCCGACUCGCUCGCGCUGCGGUGCGCCUCGGUCGGCACCGCCAUGCCGCACACGUCGAUCAAGAUUGUCGAUCCGCUCGACCACACCCGCGUCGUGCCAAUCGGCGAGCGCGGCGAGCUCGCCGCCGCCGGCUACCUCGUCAUGAAGGGGUACUACGGCGACGCCGCCAAGACGGCCGAGGUGCGCGUCGCCGACCCCGACGACGGCACCGUGUGGCUGUAUUCCGGCGACGAGGCGGAAAUGGACGCCGACGGGUACGUGCGCAUCACCGGCCGCAUCAAGGACCUCAUCAUCCGCGGCGGCGAGAACAUCCACCCGCUCGAGAUUGAGGACUGCCUGUUCCGCAUGCCCGGCGUCAAGGAGGCCAGCGUCGUCGGCCUGCCCGACGAGAAGCUCGGUGAGUGUGUUGCCGUGUUUGUCAUUGCCAGGCAGGAGUGGACCGUGGAAGGGGCCAACGGUGCGGCGGCCCAGACGGCGAACGCGGAGGCUGCCGGGGAAAAUGUGCUGACGAGAGGGGCGGUGCGGGAGUGGGUAAAGACGAGGCUGUCGAGUCACUUGGUACCAAAAUACAUCUUUUGGGUCGGCGAGUACCCCAAGACGGCGAGCGGCAAGAUUCAGAAAUUCAAGCUGCAGGAGCAGGCCAAGACGCUGCUGGCAGAGCAAUAG